UCUUCGAAAUCGGUGGAAAAGGACCGAAGUUUUCAAGUGGAGUUAGUGUUGUUUUGUUAUUUUGGAGCCCCAAAACCUCAAACUCCAUUUUUAGUUAAGUCGAGUGUGUCGAGUGUAGUGUUCUGUGUUAGUGUUUGUGUGCGGGGGGCAGACAUGGGGGUUACGGUGCUAACGCAGUUCCCCAUAGACAACCGUAGUGGUACCCAAACCAUAGAAAUCCUGAACAAACGCAUUAUGGCACUGGGGGCCUCCCAGCAGGGACAGUUUCUGGUGGAUUGCGAAACCUACAGUUCAUCAGCCUCAUUGGGGCAUCAGCGCACAGUGCACGUGCUGCACAACUCCGAACAACCGGCCACAGUGUUCUCCCUGCUAGACACUGGCACUAAAAUCAUCCCCCUGGUCACUGACGGGCUGUUCGACCUGCUGAUGAUGAAAAUGUCCAGUUUCUACCAGUGCAAGAAGCAGACGAAGGCCGAAUCAAAAGGCCCCCGCUACGAGAUCGGGGACUUCUGCGUCAAGCUGGGCUCAGUGACUGUGAGUAGCAAUUUCAAGGGGAUUCUAGUGGAAGUGGAGUACAAGCCCUGCGUGGUUCCGUCCAUGUGCUGGGACCUGAUGAUGGAGUUCAUGCAAGGGUUCUUGGGGUCCUCGAUACCCACUACGCCGCCCCCCUUUGUGCAGAAUCGCAUGCAGGAUAUUUACUCGCCCAUCGACACUAUUCAGCAGUAUUUGGAGCAUUUUACAAACUUUAGAAAGUCGCAGCCGGCGCCCAUGAUGAUGAGGCCCCAGUAAUACACUAUAGUUGAUC